AUGAAAUUUGGAGCCGAAAUCAAUUCAAAAACAAAAGAGCCUUGGAGAAGUUCUUAUAUUCAAUACGAUGCUCUCAAAAUUAAGUUAAAGCAAGAGGUAUGGUCCGAGAAAGAUAAGUCCGACUUUAUCACUCUCAUCGAGGCCGAAUUAGCCAAAGUGUACAAAUUUGUUGAAAUACGACUACAAGAUUUACUGACUCGCACCGACUAUUACUUGACAACCAUUGAACCUACCACUUACGACUCUGUAGCUGACAGUUUGGCCGAAAUCCUCAUUGACGUUGAUGACCUUGCCAAAUUUCAUGAACUCAAUCUAUCCGGAUUCGAUAAAAUCGUCAAAAAACACGAUAAAUGGCUUGUGGGCGGUGACUUGAAGUCCAAAUACUAUGGUCCCAUGUUGGAGGCUUACCCAUUAGAUAAACAACGUUUCGAUGUCUUGAUCGUUCGUAUCUCGAAAAUGCAUGAUAUAUGUCGACUUUCCGGAAAUGCAAGAUCAACAAGUGCGUAUGGUCAAGGCGGCGAUCAAACUGCAUUUGAAAGAGCUACAAACAAAUAUUGGAUUCAUCCGGAUCAUAUUACAGAGGUAAAGGCAAUGAUACUUUUGCAUCUUCCUGUGCAUGUCUUCAAUCAAAAGAAAGAAUAUGAAUACACAGAUGCCGCUGUUUCAAGUGUAUAUUAUGACAAUGAGGAUUUCGAAUUAUAUCAAGAAAGACUUGAAAGGAGUAAAGGUGCAGAGGCGAUUCGAAUCCGAUGGUAUGGUCAAAGCAACGAGCUCAAUGACGACGUGUAUGUUGAAAGGAAAACCCAUCAUGCUGCGUGGCUGGAUGAUAAAUCUGUAAAAGACAGAUUUAGACUAAAGGAAAAUCAGGUCAAUGCUUUCGUUGAUGGUUCUUAUUCAGCUGACGACUUCAAAAAGGAUCUGGAGAAGAAGGGGAAAUUGGAACAGUUGUCUAUUGAAGACAAACACUUCGUAUGUCAAGGUAUUCAAGAAUCCAUCAAACAGAAAGGGCUUAAACCUAUGUGCCGUGUCUUUUAUAACCGUACCGCAUUUCAGUUUCCUGGUGAUCAACGUUUAAGAAUCAGUCUAGACUCUAAUUUGAGCUUCAUUCGUGAAGAUCACUUGGAUGGUACAGCAAGACGUCAGCUUCCUAAUGGAGAACAUAACUGGAGAAGGAUGGAUGUUGGUAUAGACCAUCCAUUUCGUAAAUUGAAGGACACAGAUAUAUUGCGAUUUCCUUACGCCAUUUUAGAAACAAAGAUACAAAGCCAUUUGGGUCAAACAAUCCCAGUAUGGCUCUCUGAUUUAUUGGACAGUCAUUUAGUUCAUGAAGUGCCUCGAUUCUCUAAAUACAUACAUGGUGCAAGCCAGCUGUUUCAAAACCAAGUGUCUACAAAGCCAUAUUGGUUAGAAGCUCUUCAUCAAGAUAUCAGAAAACCGUUUACAGCUAAUGUAGGACUUUCAAGAUCACAAAGUUUCAAGCCCUUGUUCAACGGACGUCAUCGAAGAUCAGUUGCUUAUGAUACAAUGGAUGAACCAAUCUAUACAAAACAAGAAGAGUCAGCAGGAAGAUAUCAACAAUUUGACAAAUUAUUCUCCCCUUUCCGUUCACGUACAAAUAGCAAGCAAAAAUCUAAUAUCCCAUACUUAGCCAUCAAUCUAUCAAACAAUCCAAUUCCACCCGCCAAAGAUAAGAAAUCAAUGGAUCUAAUCUCGAGAUUUUGGUCCGUCAAUAGGUUUUCGGAUGGUGUAAAAAAGACGGAUUCAGACUUAUUAAGGAGGAGAAAGAGUGGAUUCAAGCUGGACCCCAAGGCAUUUUUUGCCAACGAACGUACCUUUAUGUCAUGGUUACACUUCUGUGCUUUACUGUUGACUAUUUCUUUAAAUCUAUUGAACUACGGUGAUAGAAUAUCCAGACUUGUAGGCGCUUUUUUCAUUAUCAUAUCAUCCAUCAUUUCAUUUUAUUCUUUGAUAAGAUUUCAAUUAAGAGCAUAUCAAAUGAGAACAGGCCGCUCCUUUGCAAAUAUGGAAGACAUUGUAGGCCCAGCUGUUUUAUGUGUCCUUCUUGUCACAGCUUUAGGUAUCAACUUUUACCUCAGGGUUCCCUUGAUAUUUUCAUCAAAUGAGAUUGCCGUUACCAACACAACUAAAUAGUAUAAUAAUUCCAUCACAGAAUAAAUAAAAAAUUAGA